UCGAGGAAAGUUGUCCUUCCACCACUCAUUUCCCAUCCUGUCAUUUCCACAUUGCACCCGUCUCGAAGGAGAACCGAAGAUGAGAUUCCAGACUUGUCCCAAGAUGAUGAUGGCCGCUUGUUCUCGAGCGUUCCUCCUUUCCUCUGUUUCUCCGCGGCUGUCCUCGAGGUAUUUUUCGUGGAAUAUCCACACUCGCAGCCUAAGCAGAGUCCAGAGUAGAGGGAGCAAAGAUCCAACGACUACUAAGGGAAGUUUUGAUGCCGGGUCCCAAUACUAUGUGUACGAAUCCAUUUACGCCGAGCCCCCCAUUCCUGCCAUGCCCUUGGCAUCCGUGGUCUUUCAGGAUACCCAUAAGUGGGAUAAGAAUAUUGCUGUUGAAUGUGGAUUAACAGGGCGUGGCUACACUUACGGACAACUCCAGGACAUGACAUGGCGCUUCGGUGGGUGGCUCCAGAGGUGGAGCAAGGGCUCUCAGCCCACAGUAGCUAUUCUGUCACCAAAUACCCCCGAGUAUCCAGUCGUCUAUUUUGGCACCGUUGCAGCUGGUGGUAUCAUCACCACCAUUAAUGCAACAUAUACUCCUGAAGAGAUUGGAAAUCAGUUGUCUGAUAGUGGAGCUCACUUGCUAGUUGUGGAGAGCAUCAUGGAACCCUUAGCAGACGCUGUACUACAGAUCCUCCAAAGAGACAUUCCGAUUAUAGUUAAUGGAACGUCUGCAAAAGGCAGGCCUAACCUUCAGGAGAUCGUGAAUGAUGCUAAUAUUCCCUUUGCUUCCGAUAUGGAGUACAAUCCAGAUCUUGUUGCCAUUCUGCCAUACUCGAGUGGAACGACCGGCAAGCCGAAAGGAGUCAUGUUGACUCACAGAGCGCUCAAUGCUGGACUCACCAUGUGUCACUUCCCGGAGGUACUGAACACUAUGAUGGCUGAAGGAAGCCGCCAGGAAAUCCUGAUGGGGUUGAUGCCUUUUUUCCACAUUUAUGGCAUCAUGGUAUUUCUGAUUUCUGGGCUGAGACAAGGUGCUAAAAUCGUGACUCUUCCAAAGUUUGACCCCAAGACUUUUGUAAGUGUGUUGAAAAGGAAAAAGAUGACAGUAUUGCACACAGUUCCGCCGUUACUUCAGUUUAUGGCUUCCUCACCAGAAGUCACCUCGCAAGACUUGAGUCAAGUUCGAAUCCUGAUGUGUGGGGCUGCACCAGUACCUGUGGUGGCAGCUACUGCCCUGAAGAAGAAAGCAGGAUCUAAUCUACAGUUUCAAGAAGCAUUUGCCAUGACUGAGACGCUGUGUACCCACAUGACACCCGAGGGCGGAGAAAAGAUAGGUUAUUGUGGAAGGUUAGUUCCCUACGCAAAAGCCAAGAUAAUAGAUCUGAAUACAGGCGCCAGUCUUCCACCAGGCUCUGAGGGAGAGCUCUGCGUUAAGGCUCCAUCUCUAAUGACUGGUUACCAUAACAAUCCGGAAGCAACCAAAGAGACAAUUGAUGACGACGGAUGGCUGCACACUGGUGAUGUUGCCAUUUGCGACGAAGAUGGAUAUUUCUCCGUGGUCGAUCGCAUCAAAGAACUCAUCAAAGUCAAAGGAUUGCAAGUUGCACCCUCCGAGUUGGAGGAAAUUCUUCUGGAGCAUCCCGGAGUGGCAGAUGUUGGCAUCAUCGGGGUCCCAGACGAACGCGCGGGAGAGGUUCCAAGAGCCUACAUCGUGUCGAGACAGAAGACCCUUUCUGAAAAGGAGGUCAAAUCCUUUCUCGAGAACCGCGUCGCUCCCCACAAGAAACUGGCAGGCGGGGUGAAGUUCGUCGACGCUUUACCCAAGAGUACGACUGGGAAGCUGCUGCGGCGAGAAUUGAAAAGGAUGACCGAGAACGAGCCGUAAGGUCUAAUUAUGAAACAAGAUUCACUCAAGUGUGAUAGAAAACCAAAGAAAGAAUUGAUGUCUGACGUAAAGGCUCUCAAUAAAAGAUAAUACAGAAUAAGCAGUAAUAGAUAAGAGUGAGUAAUGAACUAAAUGAAACAAAACUCAGUAGAAGAUAAAAGAAAGAAAGGAAAAAAAGCAUUGGUGUCACUGAAGUGAAUGCUUUCUCAAGAUAGGAUUUGGAAAGAAAUAUUGAUGAGACUCUAAGGAACAGUGCUUAGAGACUAUCUUAUUUUCAGAUUAUUUUCCAAAUAGACUGAGCAAAAGGAUAUCCUAGUAACAAAUAAUAGAAAACAGGUAACAUAAAUCACUACAACUGAAAAUGGAAUCGUUUGUUAUCGCUUUUAUUCAUCUGGCACAAUUCAGGUAUAAUAUAUCAGCCACAAAAUAGUUAACGAAGAAAGCAUUCAGACUAACUUUGAAACAUUCAGGUCAAGUGGAAACUUUCAUUUUUCAGUUCUGUUUCUAUUCUUAGCGUUGAUCAGAAGCCCUCAUUAUUCAAAAGAAUGUCAGUCAGUAUGAUUCAUUUUGGAGGUACUUCAGAAUAGUACAACAGUUAUAAUAAAAUCCAGCAUUACAGCGAAGAUGUGUUGCUUGAAAACUUUACAAUAAAUGUUUUAAUAUCUGGUAAUCCUUAGUUGUCUUGUC